AAUUGAAGGAAAACGAAAACACACACCAUAAAAACCUACACACUUUUUUCUUUCUUCCGAUUCCCAGUCCCAAUUCUGAGCCCUAGUUUUUGCCCAUGAAUAACUACAGCGCCUGUGAUGAUGCUGUUACUGAUGAGUCUCGUCGAACCAAGCAAAGUUUUACCAUAUUGAAAGAAUCAGAUAUACGGCAACGGCAGAAAGAUGAUAUCAGUAGAGUAGCAACAGUUCUUUCCAUACCUCAUGUUGCUGCAAGCAUCUUACUUGUUCAUUAUAAUUGGAGCGUCUAUAGGGUUAAUGAUGCUUGGUUUUCUGACGAAUGUAAAGUUCGAAGAACAGUUGGUUUGUUGGAGAAGCCAGUUUACCAGAAUCCUGCUGAUGCCGAAGAGCUUACUUGCGGCAUCUGUUAUGAAGCUUACCCUCCUCCUAAAAUUGAAACGGCUUCUUGCGGUCAUCCGUUCUGUUUUUCAUGCUGGAGAGGAUAUAUUGGGACUUCAAUUAGCGAUGGUCCGGGAUGCUUGAUGCUGAGAUGUCCUGAUCCUGCUUGUGGUGCUGCUGUUGAUCAAGAUAUGAUUAAUCUUUUAGCAUCUUGUGAAGAUAAUGAAAAGUAUGAUCGUUACCUUCUCAGAUCAUAUGUUAAAGACAAUAAGAAGAUCAAGUGGUGUCCUGCUCCUGGUUGUGAACAUGCUGUUAAUUUCGAUGGCGGAACUGGUAAAAAUUAUGAUGUAUCUUGUCUCUGUUCGUAUAGCUUUUGUUGGAAUUGCAAUGAAGAGGCUCACCGUCCUGUGGAUUGUGGCACCGUGUCAAAGUGGAUUAUUGCAGAAUCCGAAAACACAAAUUGGAUACUUCCUUAUACAAAGCCAUGUCCCAAGUGCAAGAGACCGAUCGAAAAAAGCCAAGGGUGCAGCCAUAUGACAUGUAUUCCACCUUGUAAAUUUGAAUUUUGCUGGCUAUGCCUUGGUGCAUGGACAGAACAUAAUGGUCCUUGCAAUCGUUAUGAAGCAGCUGAACAAAAUGAAACUGAAAAAAGAAGAGAAAUGGCAAAGAAUUCAGUGGAGAAGUACACACAUUAUUAUGAGCGAUGGGCUACCUACCACUCUUCAAGGCAAAAAGCUCUUGUUGAUCUACAAAGGAUGCACACUGUUUAUAUUGAGAAGCUUAGUGACUCACAGUGCCAAGUUAAGUCACAGCUUAAGUUCAUAACUGAGGCCUGGUUACAGAUAGUUGAAUGCAGGCGGGUAUUGAAGUGGACAUAUGUAUAUGGAUACUAUUUACCCGAUAAUCAACAUGCUAAAAAGCAAUUCUUUGAGUUCUUACUAGGCGAGGCAAAAUCAGUUUUGGAGAGACUUCAUGGAUGUGCCGAAAAGGAACUCCAAGUAUUCCUCAGUGACGAUGUAGCCCAAUCUAAAGAAUUCAAUGAUAAGGAACUUCAAGAUGUCGCCCCAUCUAAAGAAUUCAAUGAUAAGGAACUCCAAGAUGUCGCCCCAUCUAAAGAAUUCGAUGAUAAGGAACUCCAAGUACUCCUCAGGGAACUCCAAGUAUUCCUCAGGGACGAUGUAGCCCCAUCUAAAGAAUUCAAUGAUAAGGAACUCCAAGAUGUCGCCCCAUCUAAAGAAUUCGAUGAUAAGGAACUCCAAGUACUCCUCGGGGAACUCCAAGUAUUCCUCAGGGACGAUGUAGCCCCAUCUAAAGAAUUCAAUGAUAAGGAAUUCCAAGAUGUCGCCCCAUCUAAAGAAUUCGAUGAUAAGGAACUCCAAGUACUCCUCGGGGAACUCCAAGUAUUCCUCAGUGACGAUGUAGCCCCAUCUAAAGAAUUCAAUGAUAAGGAACUUCAAGAUGUCGCCCUGUCUAAAGAAUUCAAUGAUAAGGAACUCCAAGAUGUCUCCCCAUCUAAAGAAUUCAAUGAUAAGGAACUUCAAGAUGUCGCCCCAUCUAAAGAAUUCAAUGAUAAGGAACUCCAAGUAUUCCUCAAUGACGAUGUUGCCCCAUCUAAAGAAUUCAACAGUGACGAUGUCCGCCCGUCUAAAGAAUUCAUUGUUUUUCGUACAAAACUAGUUGGAUUGACCAGUGUGACUAGAAACUACUUUGAGAAUUUGGUUUGGGCAUUAGAGAAUGGUUUAUGUGAUGUGGAUGGCUACGGAAUAACUGAUGAUCAUUGGUUUUGUGAGCAAUGUACCUUUGCAAAUGUCAUAUCUGCCACCGGAUGCCGGAUGUGCAAUCAACAGCGUCCACGGAAACUCAACCUCUCUUUACCCAGACAGUCGCAAUGUUUUCUUCCCUGAUAUUUGCAUUGCUUUGAACCUUUAGUGUUGCAUGUUUGGAGUCUCACGAUGGGAUCGACAUAUUUGGAUGCAUGAAACAAAAAGAUAGAAGAGAAUAGAAAAAGAUUGGAGGCUCUGAAUGUACAAAAUCUCUCCCAAUCCCUUUACAAAUCAUCUUCCA